AUCAAAGACUCACGACUUUACCGCCAACGGCCUUCGAAAAGGCGCCAACUCCUCUUCGGUGCCCUCUUCUUCGUCGACUCCAGGCACCUCGACGCCCAAAGGUCGCUGGCAGUCCAAUGCCUCGUCAUCGAAUGGACGUCUGAGCAAGGCGAGCGCCGUCACUGCCGCCACCACCACCACCACCGCCGCCAACAACAACUCCACUCGAAGCAAUGCUGCCUCUCGUUACGAGGAGUACCUGCCCCUCUGUGAGAUGCAGAAGGGCCUGGAGAAGGGCGAAAUUGUGGAGGGCAUCCUCCGCAUCAAUCCAAAGAACUACAACGAUGCCUAUAUCAGUGCUCCGGACGGCGGCCUGGACAUCUUCAUUGGCGGUUUGUAUGACCGCAAUCGAGCCCUCAACGGCGACCUGGUCGCUGUCAGGCUGAAUGACGUCGACAAGUGGACGCUCUUCCCCAGCUCAAUCAACGCCCACUGGGACGAGUGGAAGGCGGACUUUGAGAAGGUGCUCGCCGAAGAAGAGGAAGCUAAUCAAAAGGACAUCAUCCUCAGCCAGGCCCGGCUGAACCAGCUGCUGAACAGCGCCGACCUGAAGAAGGUGGCCAUCGCCUCGAAGGCGCUGAAGAACGGCCAAAAUGCUUCUACCAUUGCUUCUGCCCCAGCAGGGCAGCUCACCGCCGCCGAUCUGGAGCGCACCCUGGCGGUGGAAUUUCCCCAGGUCCCCCUGGCCCUCUACCGCCUCGACCUGGCCACCCUGCACCGCCAGCUGCCGGCCAUCUCGGGGCAGUUCAUCCAGAAGAGCGGCAAGGUGGUGGCCCUCAGCCAGGCGAACCACUCUCGCGUUGUGGGAGGGACCAUCGCCCUGCAGCAGGGCAACAUCCAGAAGGCGAAGUUGAUGUCCAGCGACAGCCGCGUCCCCCACGUCAUGCUCCCCUAUUCGAGCCUCCCGCGGGACUUUGUGCGCAGCUACGCCCAGCUGAAGGAGAACCUCUUUCUGGUGGAGAUCACCGAGUGGAAGGAGAGCAGUCUCUUUCCCCACGGCCGAAUCCUCCAGACGCUGGGCACCGUCGGCGACCUCGAGUCGGAGAUGGAGGUGCUCCUCCGCUCGAACGACAUCGACACGGCGGACUUUACCGAGGAGGCGCUCGCAGAGUACGACCUCUUCUCGGUGGACGGCUGGAAGAUACCAGAGGAGGAGCUCAAGUACCGGCGCGACUUUCGCCAGCAGUGCGUCUUCACCAUUGACCCGCAGUCGGCGCGCGACCUCGAUGACGCAAUCUCGCUGGUGAAGCUCAGCACGGGAGCGACAGAGAAGGAAUCCGUCUACGAGCUGGGCGUGCACAUCGCCGACGUCAGCUACUUCAUCCGCGAGCGAACGCUGCUGGACGGCAUCGCCAAGGAGCGGGCCACCUCGGUGUACCUGCCCAGUCGGGUGAUUCCCAUGCUGCCGCACCUCUUCUGCCAGCAGCUGUGCUCUCUGAACCCGGGCGAAGACAAGCUGACCUUCUCGGUGGUCUUCAAGAUGACCGGCGACGGGCAGCUGCUCCAGGGCGAGGAAGGACGGCCCUGGAUCGGCCGCACUGUCAUCAACAGCUGCGCCAAGCUGAGCUACGAGCACGCACAGGCGAUGAUCGAGGUCCCCGCAGUGGAGGAGCUGAUCAGUAGUCCGGAAAAGGCCGAAGCCUUCCCCGCCAUCCACGGCCACUGGCCGCUGACCCUGCUGGCCACGCAGGUGAAAACGCUGCACUCCAUUGCCAGUCGCAUUCGAAAACGCCGUUUCGAGACCGGCUCCCUCCGUCUGGACAAGACGCGCAUCGGCUUCCUGCUGGACGAAACCACCGGCCUGCCGGUGAGCUUCGCCAAACAGGAGCUGAAGGACUCCAACCGCCUCAUUGAGGAGCUGAUGCUGGCGGCCAAUCGGGCCGUCGCCGAGCGCCUCCACGAGGUCUUCGCCCGCAGCGGCCGGGCCUUCCUGCGCGGCCACCCACCGCCGAACGCCAACAGCAUGAACCAGUUUGCCGCCUUCGCCGCCAGCACCGGCUUCGCCGCCGACUUUGACACCAGCAGCUCGGGGGCCAUUUACCGGUCGCUGGAGAAGCUGCAGCACACCGUUUCCUCUUCAGCUGGCGUGGACGCCGCCACUUCGACGGCCAACUUUCGCCUCUUCUCCCUGCACCUGAUCAAGUCGAUGAAGCUGGCGGUCUACCAGACGGUGGGCGACCAGGACAAACCCGCCUCCUACCACCACUACGCGCUCAACUUCCCCAAGUACACGCACUUCACCUCGCCCAUUCGCCGCUACGCCGACGUCAUCGUCCACCGCCUGCUCUGCGAGGCCCUCGGCUACGACCACAGUCACUGCAGCUCGGCGGACGCCACCGAGCUGCGCCGCAUAGCCGCCAACUGCAACGCCCGCAAGCAGGCCGCCUUCAUCGUCUCGGAGAAGGCGAAUGAGCUCUACCUGAAGAAGUACAUCGCCUCCAUUGAGAGUCUGACCACGCCGGCGGUGGUCUGCGCCGUCUACGACCACUCCUUUGACGUGCUGGUCCUUCAGUUUGACAUUGUCGUGCGCGUCUACCUAGACCGCCUGCCGCUGGAGCGCUUUGAGCUGCUGAAGGAAGACAGCGGUGACGCCCGUCUUCUCCUCCAGUGGUCGCCCAAUGUGACCAGUGAAGGCCAGGGGGUGAUGGGAAGUAAUGUGGAAGAGGAAGUUCUCAGCCUCAAGCAGACCAUCGUCAGUCUGCAGCAGCUUGACGUGAAGAUCUCCGUCGACAAGAAGUUUAUGUUUCACGUGCUCAUUGCUCACCCCAACGGCGACUUUGUCUCCUCCGAUUUGGUGUCCAGCGGAGCUGCUCCUCUUUCGGGCUCCGGCAAAAAGAAGGAGCUGGCUGGCAACUCGAAGCCUCGCAAUUCGGCCAGCGAGAGUUCUACCAACGGCGAAGUGGUGGCCGAAGUGNAAGGAGCUGGCCGCGAGCAACAAGCCGCGAAAUUCGGCCAGCGAGAGCUCUUCUACCAACGGCGAAGUGGUCAGUGA